AUGGACGAAAUAGAAGCAGUCGCUAAUGGAUGGAUUUCAAAUUCUUCCAAUUGCUUUAAUUGGGUUGGCAUUACUAGCGAUUUCCAUGGUGUCACUUGUAAUUCCUCUUCAGGUAGGAUUGUUGGAUUAGCACUCCAAAAGAGAAGAUUAACUGGAAACUUAUCGGAUAUAAUUUCCAAUUUAGAUCAGCUUAGAACCCUCAAUCUUUCACACAAUUUUCUUGAAGGCCCUCUUCCAAUCUCCCUUUUUCAUCUUGCCCAUUUGGAUGAAGUUGAUUUGAGUAGUAAUAAAUUCGAUGGGGUUUUACCAGUUAGCAUAAACCUGCCUGCACUUCAAGUAUUAGACAUCUCUGAUAAUUAUAUUAACAUACAUAAUCUUGAUUUGAGUAGUAAUAAAUUCGAUGGGGUUUUACCAGUUAGCAUAAACCUGCCUGCACUUCAAGUAUUAGACAUCUCUGAUAAUGCCAUUAGAGGUUCUAUUCCAGCUGCUUUAUGUGUUAACUCCACCGGAAUUCGUCUUCUCAGAUUUGCUGUGAAUUACUUCAGUGGAAGUAUUCCACCCCAAUUGGGGAAUUGCCUUCUUCUUGAACACCUGUGGGUGGCUUCCAAUUUUCUUACAGGGGAAAUACCGGAAUUCUUAUUCAGAUUACCAAGACUGCGUGAAUUGGCUCUCCAGGACAAUGCGUUCACCUCCUUCCCCGGAAUCGGUAAUUCCUCUAGUCGUGGCUUCCAAUUUUCUCGUCUGGUUCGCUUGGAUGUUUCAUCCAACAGGCUCACUGGAAAUAUACCUGAUUUCUUUCAUAGGUUUCCAAAUUUAAGUUACUUCUCAGCUCAUUCAAAUAAUCUGUCUGGUGAGCUACCUCCAUCAUUGUUGAACUCACAAGCCAUUUCUUCUCUUAACAUGAGAAACAAUUCUUUGGAUGGUUCAAUCAAUUUUAACUGUUCGAUAAUGGUUAAUCUUACCUCACUUCAUCUGGGCACAAACAACUUUUCUGGUUCAAUAGCUCAUCUUCCUUCUUGCUUCAAGUUAAAAGCUAUAAAUCUUGCCAGGAACAGACUCAUUGGCCAAGUCCCAGAAAGUUUCAAGAAUUUUCAAUCUCUUUCUUUCCUUUCACUCCCCAAUUGCAGCCUCAAUAACCUCUCAACAUCUCUUAAAAUCCUCCAGCACUGCCCCAAUCUAACAGUUUUGGUUCUUGCCACGAACUUUAAUACCGAACAGUUGCCAUCUGAUGAUGACCUACAGUUCAAAGCACUCAAGGCUCUUGUGAUUCCCAAUUGUAGGCUAACGGGCAGCAUUCCGUCGUGGCUAAACGGUUUAACAGAGUUGCAGUUGUUGGAUUUGUCGUGGAACCACUUGACAGGAUCAAUUCCGACCUAUUUGGGGGCUUUUAAGUCUCUGUUUUACUUGGACUUAUCGAACAAUUUCUUGUCGGGAGAGAUACCCAAGAGUCUAACACACUUACCGAGCCUGAUUUCAAGAGAGAUCUCAUUAGAAGAACCGUCCCCAGAUUUCCCGUUCUUCAAGAAAAGAAACAUCAGCGGUAGAGGUUUACCGUUGCAGUACAAUCAGAUCAUGAGCUUUCCACCAUUGUUAGACCUGAGUAGCAACAUCCUCACUGGCCCAAUUUGGCCGGAGUUUGGGAACUUGAAAAAGCUACAUGAUUUGGGUUUGAAACACAACAAUUUAUCAGGUGGGAUUCCGAGCUCUUUAUCAGGUAUGAGGAGCAUAGAGACACUGGAUUUGUCAUAUAACAAUCUGUCUGGAACAAUCCCUCCAUCUCUGGUGAGACUAAGUUUUUUGUCCAAAUUCAGUGUUGCUUACAAUAAUCUGAGGGGGUCCAUCCCUUCUGGAGGUCAAUUUCAGACCUUCCCGAGCUCUAGCUUCGAGGGGAACCAAGGUUUAUGUGGUGGUGGAAUCAAUAGUGAUUUAAAAUGUGAGAAAACUGAAGAAUUUUUGCCAACUGAUCCGACAUCUGAGGAGGAUGAUGAUCAUGAAUCAUCUAUCAUUUGGAUGGUUGCAGCAAUUGGGUUUGGAACUGGUUUCCUUGUCACUGUUAUCGUUUUGGUUGUUGUUCCUAUAAUUAUGUAUGCAAACUAA